AUGAUCGAAGUCAAAGACGUUGAUGGAAAGAUUGGCGGAAGGAGUCUCGUUUCAAUUCUCAAUUCCUGCUGCAGGACCCUCAUGUCCGGCAAAGCAAAGCUGGACAAAUGGGUGAAGCGCGUAGAAGCUGCUAAGAAUCGAAACUCGCAAGACUCGAGCUCGAGCAGAGAGUCUGCCAAAUUGCUGGAUCAAAUGGAUGGGGCGAGAGGGCAAGACAUAAUAGCAGAGGUACAGGAGGAGGAGAGGAGGAUGGGGCAGAGGCAGCUCGCCCCCCCUCGUGGGAUGAUGGGAGCAAGGCAGGCGUGUGCGGUUGCUGAAAGUCGCUCAGCGAGUUUGUGGCAGGAUGGGGAGCCAUCAAAGACGGCAGCGUUGGAGCAGCAGAUCGAAGAGAUGAGGCGUCAGAUGGCUCUGAUGCAGCAGCAGGCGAGUGAUGCUCGUCAGCUCGAGCAGGACGCGCAGCAGGAAAAGGCAGCUCUCGUCAAAGAGAUCCAGGAGAUGCGAACGUCGCUCCCUAGCACUGCUCGAAGCUUCUCAAGCGACGUUGGCGUGCGCAGUGAGAGUGAGAAGGCACUUGACAAGGAUCCUAUUUCCUCGGGAGCAGGUGAAGCACAGUCUGUUGCUUCAUCUCAAGCACCGAGUCAAUCUACGGGAGGUGUUCCUCCCGGCGGCAACGCGAUCGACGGGUCCAAGGGUCUCCCACCCGAGCUUACUGGAUGGGCUCGCGUCAUGUUUCGCAACGGAGACUUCGAAGGAGAGUUUGUGUCGGGAGCAGCCAACGGGUUCGGGAGGAGCAUCUGGAAUGAGUUGGACAUGGCAUACCACGGGGAGAUGAAAGAUCAGAUGAUGCACGGCAAAGGAAAGUUCUUUUUCCCCAACGGCGAUAUGAUGACGGGGACCUUCGAGAUGCACAAGCCCAAGGGCGAGGGCAUCCUGCUGGAGCUCAAGACGGGACGGCGAUAUCGCGUUACUUAUGACGGCACUAAGAAACUCUCCGAGGGCGCUGAGCCCAUCUCAAAAGAGCUUCUCGACGAGCCGGAUACAAUCGAAGAGACUACAAGGGUUACCAUCACAGCUUGCUCAAGGGUUGGGCUUGGCAAUUACUCGCAUUGCAAGAAGAAAGCCAUUGACGCGAAGCUCGCUUACGCUGUGCCUUUCCGAGCUAACAAGCCCAUCAAGAAUGCUCAGCAGCUGGAGGGGAAGAUCGCGGUGGUCCAGCGAGGAAGCUGCAGGUCUGAAAUGAAAUGA